AUGACUUCGGCGUACUUUGGAGUUGGUGGCGGCGGAGGUGGCGGAGCCCAAUCCGCCUACUUUGGUGUGGGCGGUGGACCGGCUGGAGGCGGUGGUGGAGCCAAGCCCGCAGCUGGAGGUGGCGGUGGUGGCGGCGGCGGAGGAGCACAAUCGGCCUAUUUUGGAGUUGGAGGUGGAACACCCGGGGCCGGAGCACAGUCGGCCUAUUUCGCGGUGGGCGGUGGACCAGCUGGAGGAGGAGGAGGCGGUGGCGGCGGUGGAGCCCCACCCCCACCACCACCAGCCGCUGGUGGCGGAGGAGGUAAGGGUUUUAAAAAAUUUUUUUUUAAAAUUUCAAAUUAAAAAAAAAUUCAAAUUUCAAAAUUAAUUUUUUUUUGAAGUUUCAAAUAUUAUAAUAUCUGUUGUUAUUGUCAUCUCCUGACUUAUGUUGUUACAGGUACAUCAACGAUGACUGCUGUUGGCGGAGCCCCAAUGGGAGGCGGCGGAGGUGGAACCUCGACUAUGACUGCUGUGGGAGCUGCACCAGCCGCUGGAGGCGGUAAGGUUAUUUUUUGAAUUUAAAUAAAUUUUUUUCAAGCUUUUGAAGCCUUUCUUGAUUAGUUUUUGAAUAUUUUUGGCCUUAGUUAUAUACCUGAAAAUUAAAAAAAAAUUGCGAAUACCAGACCAUACCUAUUUUCAGUACCUAUAUAAUCAUAUUUUUCAGUACCUAUAUUACCAUCUCUUUCAGGUCGCUCAACCAUGACCGCUGUUGGCGGAGCCCCAAUGGGUGGUGGUGGCACCUCAACAAUGACGGCCGUAGGCGGAGCCCCAAUGGGCGGAGGCGGCGGACAAUCGACCAUGACCGCCGUCGGCGGAGCGCCAAUGGGAGGCGGCGGAGGUGGUACCUCGACCAUGACUGCAGUUGGUGCUGCUCCAGGUGGAGGCGGUGAGUUUUUUCGUUUUAAAAUUUUUUGAAAUUUUGAAAUUUUUAAAUUUUCGUUUUUGCCAUUUCAUAAUAGAUAUCUUCAGGUAGAUCCACGAUGACUGCCGUAGGAGCCCCAAUGGGAGGUGGAGGUGGUGGAACCUCGACCAUGACCGCUGUAGGAGCCCCAAUGGGUGGUGGUGGCACCUCAACAAUGACGGCCGUAGGCGGAGCCCUAAUGGGUGGUGGCGGAGGUGGAACUUCAACCAUGACCGCUGUAGGAGCUGCACCAGGUGGUGGAGGUAAGCCUUUUGGGUUUAUAUUGUUAUUGUUUAGGGAUGCCGGAGGCCGUAAGUGUUUCGACCUUGUUUUAGCCAGCCAUUGCUUUCUUAUUUUUGUCAUUUUGAACCCAGUCUUCUUAUCAUUUCACUUACAGGUCGCUCAACCAUGACAGCCGUAGGCGGAGCCCCAAUGGGUGGUGGCGGCGGAGGAACCUCGACCAUGACUGCCGUAGGUGGAGCACCAGGAGGCGCACCAGGCGGCGGAACUUCAACGAUGACUGCCGUUGGAGGCGCAGUGGGCGGUGGAGCGCCACCCCCACCACCACCAGCUGGAGGUGGUGGCGGCGGCGGAGGUGGCGGAGCAACCUCAGCAUACUUCGGAGUUGGAGGCGGCGGAGGUGGUGGAGCCCAGUCCGCCUACUUUGGCGUCGGUGGCGGCGGUGGUGGUGGAGCCAAGCCCUCUGGUGGCGGCGGUGGAGCCGCACCUCAACCCGGACAAUCGGCCUACUUCGGAGUGUCGGGCGGUGGAGCUGGACAAGGUGGUGCCACAUCUGCUUACUUUGCUCCAAAAUAA